AGGCCAGCUUGACGUCAGGCAGGAUAAAUCAUCUCUAUAAAUAAGGGGGAAAGAAAGCUGCUGAUGGAAGUAAGUGAGCUGCAGUCCCAAGAGAGCACAAGAUCCCUUCAUCCGUUCAGACAUGCCGAAUUCAAGCAGCUCCACAUCUUCCACAAAGAGCAUCCGGAGAGCUGCGUCUGAGCUCGAGCGCUCCGAUUCCAUCACGUCUCAGAAGUUUGUGGGAAGGCGGCAGAGUUUGAUCGAGGAUGCGCGCAAGGAGCGCGAGGCGGCGGCCGCGGCGGCGGAGUCCGCGGGACUCAGCGAGCAGAUCGUGUUUGAGGAGACCGAUGGAAAAGCCUUGCUCAGUCUCUUCUUUUCUCUGAGGAGUUCAAAGAGUCCAGCGCUGUCCCGCACGCUUAAGGUUUUUGAGACAUUUGAAGCCAAGAUCCACCAUCUUGAGACCAGACCAAGCCGAAAACCGAAGGACGGUCUGGAGGAUCUGGAGUAUUACGUUCAGUGUGAGGUGCACCUCUCAGACGUCAGCACACUGGUCAGCUCUCUCAAGAGAAGCGCAGAGGAUGUCAAAACCACUAAAGAGGUCAAAUUUCACUGGUUUCCAAGAAAAAUCGCUGAACUGAAUAAAUGCCAUCAUCUCAUCACCAAAUUUGAUCCGGAUCUGGAUCAGGAUCAUCCAGGAUUCACUGACCCCAUUUACAGAAAACGUCGGAAGAUGAUUGGAGACAUUGCCUUCAAAUACAAACAUGGAGAACCGAUUCCCAGAGUGGAAUAUACAGAAGAGGAGAUCGAAACAUGGCGUGAGGUCUACUCCACCCUCAGGGAUUUGUACACCACCCAUGCUUGCAGUGAACAUCUAGAGGCUUUCUGCUUACUGGAGAAACACUGCGGCUACAGUCCUGAUAACAUCCCUCAGCUGGAGGAUGUGUCCCGCUUUUUAAAAGAGCGCACAGGGUUUCAGCUGCGUCCAGUGGCAGGUCUACUCUCCGCUCGGGAUUUUCUGGCCAGUCUGGCGUUCCGUGUGUUCCAGUGCACACAAUACAUACGGCACGCUUCCUCCCCCAUGCACUCGCCUGAACCGGAUUGUGUCCAUGAACUUCUUGGACAUGUGCCGAUAUUGGCUGACAGAACAUUUGCACAGUUUUCUCAGAGUAUUGGUCUGGCCUCUCUUGGAGCUUCUGAUGAAGAUAUCGAGAAACUGUCAACACUGUACUGGUUCACAGUGGAGUUUGGACUGUGUAAGCAGGCAGGGACGGUCAAAGCAUAUGGAGCAGGACUGCUCUCGUCUUAUGGCGAGCUGGUGCAUUCUCUCUCAGAUGAGCCAGAGCGACGGGAAUUUGACCCGGACAUUGUAGCUGUUCAGCCAUACCAGGAUCAGACUUACCAGCCCGUCUAUUUUGUGUCUGAAAGCUUCUCAGAUGCUACAGAGAAACUGAGAACAUACGUGACCUGCAUCAAGAGACCAUUUUCUGUGCGGUUUGACCCGUACACAGACAGCAUAGAAGUGCUGGAUAACCCACUGAAGAUCCAGCAGGGGCUGGAGACCAUUAAAGAUGAAUUGAAGAAUCUCACGGAUGCCCUGAAUGUGCUGGCUUGAUUCUGUCAGUUGUCCUGUUUCUCUGUGCUUCAUAUGUGACAGUCUCAUCGCUAUGCUGUGCGUUUAUGUCUACAUCUGCUGCUACAGACAUUGUUGCUUUUAAAACGCUUGAGUACCAACCUCAAAACCUCACAUCACUAGUUGAUUCCAGAAACCUUAAAGGGAUAGUUCACCCAAAAAUGAAAAUUCUGUCAUCAUUUAUUCACCUCCACAUGUUAUUUCAAAGCUGUAUGACUUUCUGUGGAACAUGGAAGAAGAUAUUUUGAAGAAUUCUGGUAACUAAAGAGUUCGGGCUCCUGUUGACUUCCAUUGUUUGGGGGUUUUUCGUCCAUAUAAUGGAAGUCAAUGGUAACCAAGACUGCUUGGGUACAAAUAUUCUUUAGAAUAUGUUCUUUCAAGUUCAACAGAAGAGAGACAGUCUUAAGUAGAUAUAUUAUGUGUUGGUAACCAAACAGUUCUGGUUCCCAUUCUAUAUUCCAAAACACACUGAAAGUCAAUGGUAGUCGAUACUGUUUAGUUAUCAACAUUACUCAAAAUAUGUUCUUGGCAGAUAUAUUAUAUGUUGGUAACCAAACAGUUCUUGUUGACCCAUUGGCAUUUUAUAGACAAAAAACAAUAGUAACUAAAAUUAUUUAGUUGCCAACAUUCUUCAAAAUAUUUUCUUGGUAGAUAUUUUAAAUGUUGGUAACCAAACAAUUCUGGUUAUCAUGUAUUGACUUACAUUUUAUAUACAAACAAUAUAAUGGAAGUCAAUGGAAACCGAACAGUUUAGUUACCGACGCCUUUCAAAAUAUCUACCAAGAAAAUAUUUUAAAUGUUGGUAACCAAACAGUUUUUAUUCUCUUUUAAUUUUAGCAUAUGGACAAAUAAAUAAGUAAAUAAAUAAAUAA